CCUUAACGUUAGCUCUUGGUUAGGUACUAAUCAGAGAAUAGGCUAACGUUCUAUACGUUCUGUGUUACUAGAGUAGGUAACAGUUGUUGGAGAAAUCCCGUUAAAACGUUUGGAUGAUUAAAUAGAAAUACAAAUAUAUAUAUAAAAAAUGCAUAAACCGUUCUUCAAAGUGGAUGUUCUGAAAGACAUGGAGAAGGAAUACGCUAAGACCCUUCGACAGGUGUUUAUCCGUUGUGUGGCUCUUCCUGGUCUAACUGAAGAGUUGUGGACAGAGGAGAAUGAAAAGACUUUGGAUCAAUUUAUUGUUGACACCACUAUCAAAACCUUGGUGGUUUACAUAGACACUGAUGCCAGGCUGCACGUGGACUUCUCUAUUCCCUCACAGGUGGUGGAGCACCUGUUCUAUUUUAUCCGCAAGUCUGGAGCCAUAAUCACAGCAGAGACGUUUAAUAUGGUAGUGCAGUUUGGCACAGUGCAGGGCGAUCCCGCCAAGGGGCUGCUUCAUCGCAUGACCUGUUUGCAUGCCCCUGCAGUUGCUGCCAGCACCUGGAACAAGAACAUAAAGGACAAAUAUACCCACGACAUGCACUGUUUCCUUGCCCUCCUCACAGAUGAUGUCUAUAAGAAGGAGGGCAAAACAGUUCUAUAUAUCCCAAUGGAAUGCCUACAGUUCAGCCCUGAGGACGCCAUCAAGGACUUGAAGCUGGUAGAGAGAAUGGAGACUGUCAUGAUCCACUGGACAGAUCAGAUCAAGGAAGUACUGAAUGACCAAAAUAUAAUAAUGAUGGGUGACAGCUGUGGUCCACUGCGAGAGAUAGCCUUCUGGAAAAGCCGCUCUGACAAGUUGCUGGCUGUCAACAAGCAGCUGCAGAAGCCAGAAGUCAGGCACAUUCAGAACAUCCUGCAGCUCUCCAAGUCUCUCACUGUAGUGCGCUUCUGUGAUCUGGCCAAGGAAAUACAGGAUUGCUCUCAGCAGGCCGAGUUAAACGCAAAAUUCCUCUCCAUAUUGAAGGAGCCAUGUGAAGAGCUCGCGCAGCUCAAGCCAAGCCAAGUUGCUCCUAAGAUGAAACACAUUGUCAAUCUGAUUAGCAUCAUCUGGGACAACAACGUUCACUACAGCACCAGCGAGAGGAUCAUCGGUCUCUUCACCAUGGUGACAAAUGAGAUAAUCCGUUUGUGCUUCCAAAGCAUCUCUCUGGACAGGGUUUUUGAGGGCUAUGUGUUAUCCAGCAAGCAAAGCCUCAGUGAAUGUAUCCAGUGCUGCCUGACCUGGAAGGAGACUUACCUGCACGUCGCACAGAUUCAACGCAAGUAUUCUCCAAAAGGGUGGGUCCUGGAUGAAACUAGCUUUUUCAUGUUAGUUGAUGCUUCUAUUCAGAGAUUCAGAGACCUGCUUGAGGUAUGUGACUGCCAGCAUCAAUUUGCCCGUUGGGAGGAUGGUCAGCAGAGGGACCUGCCUUGCUUCGGCUGCUGCCUGGGACCAGAAUUCACCCGUUCCUUCCUGGAGAUAGAGGGUCACUUCCACGAUGGCCUACAGAAACUACGCUCUGUUGACAAGGGCAUCCUUGAUGUUGAGAACACCUCAUGGCAGAAUGAAUUCAGCGCGUUUAAUGCAUUAGUAAAGGAGCUGGAAAUGAUGAUGCGGCUCCUGAUCAAUUCAGUGUUUAAGAAAGUGUACAGAGUGGAGGACGGAAUCCUGCUCGUGGACAGUUUUAGACCUCUGUCUAUUCGAAAGAACAUUAAGAAAACCAUAGAGGAGAAGGCGGAGGAAGUGUACAACAUCUUUUCCAAAGAACUCACAAUGGUUAACAAAGAGCUGAACCAGAGAAGAUUUUUUCCUGACCACAUGCCCCGGAUGGCAGGCCAGGCCCACUGGGUGAGGGCCCUCAGAUAUCGCAUAGAGAGACCCAUGGAGAUGCUUCAAAAGGCCUAUUUCAUGCCUGAGACAUCUAGUCAAAGGCAGUUAGUUUUGACUUUUGGUCAAACAAUCCAGUGUUUGGAUGAGAUAGAGAGCAAGAGCUACUAUGAGUGGAGCCAGAACUUGGACGUACAGUACUUGAAGUUGCUGGAGAAGCCAAUCAUGGUGCGCUGCAAGGACAGUUCCACCAAGCUAGGCGUGAACUUUGACAAUGACAUCUUGAACCUGUUCUCUGAGAUUGAAUAUUGGGAUCGUCUAAAGUACGAGAUUCCCCCGUGUGUGCGUCCCAUUUACCAGCGAAGGGAGAGCCUCAAAACACUGAGAGAGAGUGCACUGCUGCUGAUCAGGAACUAUAACAGGAUCAUUGGAAUGCUGUCUCCUGAUGAGUUGGGUCUGUUUCGGGAGCACAUUAGUUUGAUAAAUAAGAAGAUUCAGCCGGGACUGACCAAGGUGAAGUGGUUGCCUGAAGAAGACUCUAGUGUCUUCAUCCAGAGCUGUCUCCCCCACAUUGACAAGGUCCAGUUGAUAGUUGAUGGAUACAAAACAUCCAACCUCUCCAUAUCCAGCCUCUGUCGCCAGAUCAGUGAAACACUGCUGGUUAGACUGGAUGACAAGACCGUAUACAGAAACCUGGAGUUUGAGGAUGACCAAAAGGCUCACCAGCAACGCAACCUCCAAAUACUGCGCUCAGCACACCAGGAUAUUGUUGAACUCAUGACCCGCAUUCACAGCACCGUCACUAGUGAUGGGCCUGAGGUUGAGGAUCACUGGGUGACCUACACAGAGAAGGUGGACCACAUGGUGGAGGAAGCUCUAAGGAGCAACAUCAAAAACUCCAUGAAGAAGCUAUCCAGGGCUAUCAAUGGAGACAGAAAGACAUCACCCAAUCCCUUGUUCAAAGUCCUGGUAUCAUUGCACCAGGCAACUCCCAAAACCACACCCAAGGUCGAGUUCUCGCCGACACUUGGAAAGCUUUCUCAGAUUGUGGACUUAAUGCCUCGGCUCAUCGACACCAUCUCAGAAUUUAAACGACUGCCUGAACUUCUAUCCUGCAAACAGUUGCAGUGGAAUCCCAUACACAUCAACAUAGAGCAAGAUGAGGAGAUAAAGAAGAUUCAGGCUGCAAUUGCCACAGGGAUGGCAGCCAAUGUCAGCCACCUGCAGGCCUACCUGAAGACCUGGGACAAAUACAGGGAUGUCUGGGAAAUCAACAAGGACUCAUUUAUACAACGCUACCGGAGACUAAACCCACCAGUCACUUCUUUUGAUGCCGAUAUAAACAGGUAUACAGAAAAGGCUAACAGUGUUGAACAGGAACAGACGGUUCUGAACAUUCGGUUUGUCAUGCUGGACUGUUCCAUACUGAAGUCCUCUUUGGUGGAGCACUGCAGCGAGUGGCAAACCAAGUUAACUCACCUGCUCAGCUGUAUGGCCAGCAGCCGCCUAAAAGAUCUUAAUGCCUGGUUGCAAGACAAUACCAAAAGGCUGAGCCAACCCCCCAAGACGCUGGCGGAGCUUGAGGAGAGCCUGAAACUCUUGGAGGCUGUCCGAGGCGAUCUGGCCAAGACAGAGGCUCAGAUUCCUCUCAUUCAUGAUCAGUUUGCUAUCCUCGACAAAUAUGAGGUCUCAGUGGAACAGGCUGUGCAGGACUUGCGUGAGGCACUGAAUGGAGAGUGGGUGUGGUUUCAGCGUGUAUUGAUCAACAGUGACACAAUGCUGCAGGAACACAAGGAAAAGUUUAAGAACAGCCUCAUGCUCUCCUCUGAGGAGUUUAAGAAGAAGAUUCAGAACACUGUGCAGGAGUUUAACUACAGAGGUCCUUUUUUCAGUGGGCUGGGCACUACGUUUGCCUUUAAGGAAAUAGCAGAGCUUCGUAGCCAGCUGGAGGCUCUGAAAGAGGAAGAGCACACCAUUCUUCACGGGCUGAGCUUCUUCAAAAUAGAACAGUCCCUUUCCAAAGGCAUCCGGAUGAUGGAGAAGGACAUUGACGACCUACAGCAGGUCUGGGAGAUCACACAGAAAUGGAAUGUCAAAUGGAACAGCUGGAAGGUUGGACAAUUUGCUACACUGGAGACAGAUACGAUGGAGAACGUGACACAAGACAUGUUCAAAAAAAUCCAAAAACUCCACAGAGAACUAAAGGAUAAGGAGUGGGAAGUAGUAGAUUUCUCCAUGAACAAGAUUGACCAGUUAAAACGGAUUAUCCCUCUCAUUGCUGAUCUGAGGAACCCAGCCCUGAGAGACAGACACUGGAAGCAGAUCUGGGACAAUCUGCCGUGCUCUUAUGACCAAACUAGCACUGAAUUUACCCUGGAGAAGAUCAUAUUUCUGGGCUUCGACAAGUAUGCUGACAAGAUCUGUGAAAUCUCUGGAGCCGCCACCAAGGAACUCUCCAUAGAACAGAGUCUGGAGGGUAUUGCAAAGACAUGGGAGGAAAUGUUCCUGGACGUAGCUCCCUACAAAGACAAAGACCACUACUGGCUGAGGGCUACAGAGGAUGUUUUCCAGGCCUUGGAGGACAGCCAGGUUAUUCUGUCCACAAUGAAGGCUUCUCAAUUUGUCAAAGCCUUUGAGCAGGAGGUGGACGGCUGGGAACGCCAGCUGUCCCAGGUGCUGGAAGUCAUUGAGAUGAUCCUCACUGUACAGCGUCAGUGGAUUUAUCUGGAGAAUAUUUUUGAAGGAAAGGACAUCUGUGAGCAGUUGAAUUGUGAGUUCAAAGAAUUUGAACAUGCAAGUUAUGUUUGGAAAACCCUCAUGGGCCGACUCCACAAGGAUAACAACGCUUUGCAGGGAACACAUCACCCUGGCUUGCUGGAGAAGCUGACAGAGAUGAAUGCCAAACUGGAGAAAAUCAAAAAGGCCCUGGACAUGUACCUGGAGACCAAGAGGCAGAUCUUCCCAAGAUUCUACUUCCUUUCCAAUGAUGACGUGCUAGAGAUCCUAGGGCAGUCACAGAACCCAGAAGCCAUGCAACCUCACCUGAAGAAGUGUUUUGACAACAUCAAGAGCCUGCGCAUUGAAGAGGUGGAAAGUAAGCCAGUUGCUGUGGGAAUGUCUUCUGCUGAUGGGGAGUAUGUUGCUUUGUCCUCAGUGAAACUGGACAGACCUGUGGAGGUUUGGCUGUGUGAUGUUGAGAAGAACAUGCGUUUAACACUAAAGAAGUGUCUGACCAACUGCCUUGGCGCUCUGAAGAGGAUGGCAGGACAGAGAGACAAAUGGAUCAGAGACUGGCCAGGACAGGUGAUCAUCACAGCCAGUCAGAUCCAGUGGACCACCAAUGUCACAAAAGCUCUCAUUGCCAGCAAGGAGGGAGCUGAUAAGUCUCCCCUUAAGUCCCUGAAGAAGAAACAGGUCUCCAUGCUUCAGCGCUAUUCAGAGGCCAUCCGUGGAAACCUGUCCAAAGUCCAACAUCUGAAGAUUGUAACGCUAGUCACAGUGGAGGUUCAUGCUCGGGAUGUCAUUGAUAAGCUGGCUAAGGCAGGCUGCAAUGACAUCAAUGCCUUUGAAUGGUUCUGCCAACUGCGACUAUACUGGGAGACGGACGCAUGUGAUUGCAUCAUCCGACAGACCAACACACAUUUCAGAUACGGCUAUGAGUACCUGGGCAACUCUGGACGGCUUGUCAUCACUCCACUUACUGACAGGUGCUACAUGACUCUGACUACAGCACUCCAUCUCCAUCGAGGGGGAUCUCCUAAAGGCCCGGCUGGUACUGGGAAAACAGAAACAGUGAAGGACUUAGGCAAAGCGCUUGGCAUGUAUGUCAUUGUAGUCAACUGCUCUGAGGGACUGGGAUACAAAUCCAUGGGACAAAUGUUCUCUGGCCUGGCACAGACAGGAGCAUGGGGGUGCUUCGAUGAGUUCAACCGCAUCAACAUUGAGGUGUUGUCAGUAGUGGCCCAACAGAUCCUCUCCAUCCUGUCUGCCCUCUCAGCUGGACAGUCCAGAUUCCAUUUUGACGGACAGCACAUACCUCUGGUCAGGUCAUGUGGCAUCUUUAUAACCAUGAAUCCUGGUUACGCUGGUCGUACUGAGCUUCCAGACAACCUCAAGUCCAUGUUCAGACCUAUCUCCAUGGUGGUGCCGGACUCUACUCAAAUUGCUGAAAUCAUGUUGUUUGCAGAGGGAUUCAACAACUGCAAGGUCCUGGCUAAGAAGGUGUUCACCCUGUACUCACUUGCAGUGCAGCAACUAUCUAAGCAGGACCACUAUGAUUUUGGUCUGCGUGCUCUCACAUCCUUGCUUCGCUAUGCUGGAAAGAAGCGCCGCUCUUGCCCUGAUGUUCCCGACGAAGAAAUUCUGCUGAUGGCUAUGAAGGAGAUGAACAUUGCCAAGUUGACCACUACUGACUUGCCAAUGUUCAAUGGGAUUAUCCAGGACUUGUUCCCUUCUGUGGAAACACCCGUCAUAGAAUAUGGCAAGCUGAAGGAGGCUAUAGAGGUGGAGCUUCGUCAGAGUGGUUUGCAGGUGACUCCUUUUACCAUGACCAAAAUCAUCCAACUUCAUGAGACUAAAAACUCUCGACACUCCUCCAUGCUGGUGGGCAAAACAGGCAGUGGUAAGAGCGUCACUUGGAAGACUCUCCAGAAUGCCCUCACUGCCAUGCACCACAAGGGAGUGCCUGGCUUCCAGCUGGUCCAGGUUUAUCCCCUGAACCCCAAGGCAAUGACUCUAGGAGAGCUGUAUGGACAAAAUGACCUCUCCACCAAUGAAUGGACUGAUGGAGUGCUUUCUUCUCUCAUGAGAUCAGCCUGUGCAGAUGAGAAACCAGAUGAGAAGUGGAUUGUGUUUGAUGGGCCUGUUGACACACUGUGGAUAGAGAGUAUGAACUCUGUUAUGGAUGACAACAAGGUGCUCACGCUCAUCAAUGGAGAGAGAAUCUCUAUGCCGGAACAGGUAUCUCUGCUGUUUGAAGUGGAGAACUUGGCAAUGGCGUCUCCAGCUACAGUAUCUCGCUGUGGGAUGGUCUACAAUGAUUACACUGAUCUGGGAUGGAAGCCUUUUGUUCAGUCCUGGCUGGAAAAGAGACCUAAGGCUGAAGUGGACCAUUUAAAGCAUAUGUUUGAGAAAUAUAUAAAGAGCACGCUGAACUUUAAGAAGUGCAACUGUAAGGAGCUGAUUCCCAUCACUGAUCUGAAUGGAGUUGCCUCUCUCUGCCACCUCUAUGACUCCCUGGCCACAUCCAUCAAUGGGGUGAAUACUUCAGAUACAGAACACUUGGGUAGGAUGAUAGAGCUCUGGUUCAUCUUCAGCCUCAUCUGGUCCCUCUGUGCCUCUGUUGAUGAGGAUGGACGCAAGAAAAUAGACAUGUUCCUACGGGAAAUGGAGGGCACCUUCCCUACCAAGGACACAGUAUAUGAGUACUAUGUUGACACCAAAAACAAAACCUGGGCUUCUAUUGAAGAUAAGCUGCCAAAGGACUGGCGUUACAAUACCAAUAUUCCAUUCUAUAGGAUUAUGGUUCCUACAGUGGACACUGUUCGCUACAACUUCCUGGUUAAGGCUCUGGUGUUGGGUCACUAUCCAGUUCUUCUCACUGGGCCUGUUGGCAGUGGUAAAACAUCGGUGGCCCAAAGUGUCCUGAAUGGAUUGGAUGAGAAAUGGAAUGGCCUCACUGUCAACAUGUCCUCACAGACCACCUCUAAUAACAUUCAGGCCAUAAUGGAAAGCCGUCUAGAGAAGAGAACCAAAGGAGAAUUUGUGCCAGCAGGUGGGAAGCGUCUGCUGUGCUUCCUGGAUGACCUCAACAUGCCAGCCCAUGAUCUCUUUGGCUCCCAGCCACCACUGGAACUGCUGCGCCUUUGGAUCGACUAUGGCUUUUGGUAUGACCACCAGAAACAGACCCUAAAGUCUGUCAAGGACAUGUUCUUGUUGGCAUCCAUGGGGCCCCCUGGUGGAGGGAGGACUCAUAUUUCUGACCGCUUACAGAGUCGAUUCAACCUUAUCAACAUGACAUUCCCUCAUGAGUCCCAGAUCAGGCGAAUCUACAGUACCAUGAUCAACCAAAAGCUAGAGUUCUUUGGGGAGGAGGUGAAGCCCAUUGGAGAGAUACUGACUCAGGCCACUUUAGAACUGUAUCAUGCUGUUUCAGCUCGUUUUCUUCCCACUCCAGCCAAGGUACACUACCUCUUCAACUUCAGGGAUAUCUCCAAGGUGUUUCAGGGUCUGCUAAGAGCUCACCCAGACUUCCACAACACCAAAAAGAGCAUCACGAGACUAUGGAUCCACGAGUGUUUCAGGGUUUUCUCAGACCGACUAGUAGAUCACAGUGAGACGGAGGCCUUUGUUGUUUUACUGGUGGAGAAACUGGCCUCACUCUUUGACCUCACGUUUCACAACAUCUGCCCAAAUAAACAGCCACCAGUAUUUGGUGAUUUCAUGAGUGAGUCUCAUGUGUGUGAGGACCUACAGGAUAUGAAGGCUCUCAAGAAGUUCAUGGAAAACCAGCUGGAGGACUACAAUCAGACACCUGGCGUAGUCCCCAUGAGCCUGGUGCUCUUCCGAGAUGCCAUCGAACACAUAACCCGUGCAGUACGUGUGAUCAGCCAGCCCAGAGGCAACAUGCUGCUGGUUGGUGUUGGGGGCUCUGGUAGACAGAGCCUGUCAAAGAUGGCUGCCUCCAUCUGUGAGUACCAGGUAUUCCAGGUGGAAGUCACCAAUCAGUACUGCAAACAGGAGUUUAGAGAAGACAUCAAGAAGCUCUACCGUUUGACUGGUGUGGACAAUAAGCCCACGGUCUUCCUGUUCAGUGACACCCAGAUUGUAGAUGAAUCCUUCCUAGAGGACAUCAAUAACAUCCUGAGUUCAGGAGAAGUGCCUAACCUCUACAAACAGGAUGAGUUUGUUGAGGUAUGCAAUGCCCUGUCAGAGUCUGCCAAAAAAGACAAUGUGGUGCAAACUCCAGACUCCUUGUUCAGCUACUUGGUAGAGCGAGUUAGGAACAACCUGCACAUAGUUCUCUGUAUGAGCCCAGUAGGAGAGCCCUUCAGGAAACGCAUCCUCCAGUACCCAGCGCUCAUCAGCUCCACCUCCAUUGACUGGUUUUGUGAGUGGCCCAGAGACGCUUUGCUGGAAGUAGCUGAGAGGCACUUGGAUGGACUGGAGCUGGGCUCCAUUGAAGGGAUCCAGACAAAGGUUGCCAGUAUCUUUGUGACCAUACACCAGUCCGUAGCACAGGUGUCGCAAAGGAUGAAGUUGGAGCUGCAGAGACAUAAUUACGUGACACCCACCAACUACCUGGAGCUUGUGUCUGGAUACAAGAAGCUGUUGGCAGAGAAACGCAGUGAACUGGGGGAGCAGGUGAGCAAGCUACGUAACGGCCUUUUCAAGAUCAGUGACACACGGGAGAAGGUGGAGGCCAUGUCUAUAGAGCUGGAGCAGGCCAAGAAGCAGGUGGUCGAGUUCCAGAUCCAGUGCGACGAGUACCUGUCCGUCAUUGUAGAGCAGAAGAUGGAGGCUGACAAGCAACAGAGGGCGGUGAGUGCAAGCAGUGAGAAAAUUGGGGCAGAAGAGUUACAGUGUAAAGCCAUGGCAGAGGAUGCACAGAGAGACCUUGACGAGGCCCUGCCUGUUUUAGAGGAGGCCAUGAAGGCUCUGGAGACUCUGAACAAGAAGGACAUGACAGAGAUCAAGGCGUAUAGCUGCCCCCCACCGCUGGUGGAGACAGUGAUGCAGGCUGUCAUGACCCUUCUGGGCAAAGAGCCCACCUGGGCAGAGGCCAAGAGACAGCUGGGUGAGUCCAACUUCAUCAAAACGUUAGUAAACUUUGACAAGGACAAUGUAUCGAACCGUGUCUUGAAGAAGAUUGGCAAGUACUGCAGACAGGUAGACUUUCAGCCAGAGGUCAUCGGCAAAGUAUCACUGGCUGCCAAGUCCCUCUGCAUGUGGGUCAGGGCCAUGGAGACCUAUGGGCAUACCUACAGGGUGGUGGAGCCAAAACGGGCCCAGCUGAACGCUGCUAUGGCACAGCUAGCAGAGAAACAGUCAGCACUGGCUGAAGCCCAAAACAAGCUACGAGAGAUCGGAGAGAGACUUGACCAGCUGAAGAAGCAGCAUGGUGAGAAGCUGGCCAUGAAGGAGAAUUUGAGGAAGCAAUCCGAUGAGAUGAAAGUGAAACUGGACCAAGCUGACAAACUGGUGACUGGACUUGCUGAGGAGAGGAUCCGCUGGGAGGAGAGAGUUGCUGGUCUUGAGGAAAACAUAGGAUUCCUGGCAGGAGACUGUUUGCUAGGAGCAUCGUUCCUGUCCUACAUGGGACCUUUCCUUUCAAACUAUAGAGAUGAGCUACUUGCAAUCUGGAUGAAAGAGGUACGAGACUUGGAGAUCCCAUGCACCCCAGGGUUCAGUUUUGCAGUUUUUCUGUCCAAGCCCACAGCAGUGAGGGACUGGAACAUUCAGGGCCUGCCCUCUGAUGCAUUCUCUACUGAGAAUGGAGUUAUCGUCACACGCGGCAACCGAUGGCCACUGAUGGUUGACCCCCAAGGUCAGGCUCUUAAGUGGAUCAAGAAUAUGGAGAGAAAGAGAGGUCUGAAAGUAAUAGACUUUCAAAUGCCAGACUACCUGCAGGUGCUGGAGAUCGCCAUCCAGUUUGGGAAUCCUGUUUUGUUACAGAAUGUCCAGGAGGAGUUGGAGCCCUCUCUCAACCCAGUUCUUAACAAAUCUCUAACACGGAUAGGUGGCAGGCUGCUGCUGAAGCUGGGUGAUAAGGAGGUGGAGUACAGUCCAGAGUUUCGUUUCUACAUCACCACCAAGCUGUCUAACCCCCACUACACACCAGAGAUUUGUGCAAAGACCACCAUAGUCAACUUUGCUGUCAAGGAACAGGGACUUGAAGCCCAACUACUGGGAAUUGUGGUGCGUAAGGAGCGUCCAGAGCUGGAAGAACAAAAGGACUCUUUGGUGAUCAGCAUUGCCUCUGGCAAGAGAAGAUUGCAGGAGCUGGAGGAUGAAAUCCUCAGGCUGCUGAGUGAGGCGACUGGCUCACUGCUGGAUGAUGUACAGCUGGUGAACACCCUACAGACAAGCAAAGCAACAGCCACUGAGGUUUCAGAGCAACUGGAGACCAGUGAACAGACAGAGAUCGAUAUCGACUCUGCUAGAGAGGCCUACCGUCCAUGUGCCCAGCGAGCCUCCAUUCUCUUCUCCAUCCUAAACAACAUGGGCUGCAUUGAUCCAAUGUACCAGUUCUCAUUGGAUGCCUACAUUAACCUGUUCAACCUCAGCAUAAAAAAGAGCAAGCGCAGCCGCAAGCUGAAGGAGAGGAUUACUAACCUCAAUGACUACCACACAUAUGCAGUAUACAGGUACACGUGUCGUGGUCUGUUUGAGGUUCACAAGCUGCUCUUCAGCUUCCAAAUGUGUGCCAAAAUCCUGGAGGUGGCUGGCAAACUUAACAUGGAUGAGUACAACUUCUUUGUCAGAGGAGGACUCGUACUAGAUAAAGAGGAUCAAAUGGACAACCCCUGUAGCAGUUGGCUGGCAGACUCUAGCUGGGAUAACAUCACAGAGUUGGAUAAGUUGCCCAACUUUGAUGGCAUCAUGGCCUCCUUUGAACAGUACCCCCGAGAGUGGAACCUCUGGUUCACCAGUGCUGAGCCAGAGCAUGCCACACUACCGGGUGAUUGGGGGAAUAACUGUAAUGAGCUCCAGAAGAUGCUGAUAGUGCGCUCAUUGCGCCAAGACCGGGUCUCACUGUGCGUGUCCUCCUUCAUUGUUAACAACCUUGGGCUUCGCUUUGUGGAGCCGCCUGUUCUUGACAUGAAGGCUGUUGUGGAGGAAUCUACCUGCUUGACUCCUCUGAUCUUUGUUCUGUCUCCUGGGAUGGACCCCACAGGAGCUCUGCUGCAGCUGGCUGAGACCUCUGGCAUGAGCAAGCACUUCCAUGCUCUCUCUCUGGGCCAGGGACAGGCCCCCAUCGCCAAGAACAUGAUAAAGGAGGGUGUCAAGAAUGGUCAUUGGGUGUUCCUUGCCAACUGUCACCUGUCUCUCUCGUGGAUGCCUGAGCUGGACAAGCUGGUGGAGCAGCUACAGGUGCAGAAGCCCCACCCAAACUUCCGACUCUGGCUCAGCUCUUCGCCACACCCUGAGUUUCCCAUUACAAUCCUACAGGCUGGCAUCAAGAUGACCACUGAACCACCAAAGGGUGUGAAAGCCAACAUGAAGCGUCUGUACCAGCUGGUUACGGAGGAUCAGUUCAAUCGCUGCUUAAGACCCAUUUUCUACAGAAAGCUGCUCUUCUCCCUCUGCUUUUUUCACAGCAUCCUACUGGAAAGGAAGAAGUUUUUACAGCUGGGCUGGAACAUAGUCUAUGGCUUCAAUGAUUCUGACUUUGAGGUGAGCGAAAACCUGCUGACCCUGUACCUAGAUGAGUAUGAAGAGAUUCCCUGGGAUGCACUGAAGUACCACAUUGCUGAGGUUAACUAUGGAGGUCACGUCACAGAUGACUGGGACAGACGUCUUCUGACCACUUACAUCAAUGACUACUUCUGUGAUGCAGCCAUAAAUGAGCCCUUCUUCAAGCUGUCCUCCUUAACUUCCUAUUACAUCCCCCGUGACGGUCCCCAGUCCUCAUACAAGGAACAUAUCAGCAUGCUGCCAUCCACAGAGCACCCUGAGGUGUUUGGCCAGCACCUUAAUGCGGACAUUGUUAGCCAGAUCGCUAAGACCAGGACUCUGUUUGAAACCCUGCUCUCCCUGCAGCCCCAGGUCACCGGUCACACUGCUGCAGGGACCAGUCCCAGUAGAGAGGAUAAGGUGUUAGAGCUUUUGGCAGACAUCCGUGGAAUAAUUCCAGCUCCGAUUGACUACGAGGGUACCAGUUCACUGCUCCAGGACAACCCUUCACCUCUUAAUGUGGUGUUGCUGCAAGAGAUCCAGAGAUACAACUCUUUGUUGGACACCAUCAUCUUAUCCCUGGUGGAGCUGGAGAAAGGAAUCAAAGGCUUGGUGGUGAUGUCAUCCAGCUUGGAGGAGACCUUCAACUGCAUCUAUGAUGGCCGAGUACCACCACUGUGGGAGAAGGCGUACCCGUCACUAAAGCCCCUGGCAUCGUGGACCAGGGACCUUAGUCAGAGAGUCAAUCAGUUUGCACACUGGGCAGAGACGAUCCAGCCGCCCGUCUUGUUCUGGCUCUCUGGUUUCACCUUUCCCAACGGUUUCCUCACUGCUGUGCUGCAGUCCUAUGCUCGACAGCACAAUGUAUCAGUGGACACGCUGUCUUGGGAGUUUAUAGUGUCCACUGUUGAUGACAGCAACCUCCUCUACCCACCCGAGGAUGGAGUAUUUGUCCGAGGUUUAUACCUGGAGGGGGCUGGUUGGGACAAGGAGAGCUCCUGUCUGGUGGAAGCAGAAGCCAUGCAGAUGGUCUGUCCCAUGCCCACCAUCCACUUCAAACCUGUGAAAAACCGCAAGAAGACAGCCAAGGGUAUGUACCUGUGUCCAUGUUAUUACUUCCCAGUGCGUUCAGGUGGGGCGGGCCAAGCAUCUUUUGUACUCAGUGUUGAACUCAGAUCUGGAGCCGCGACCCCAGACCACUGGAUCAAGCGAGGGACUGCUCUUCUCAUGAGCCUGGACAACUGAAGGCCUUAAUGGCUUCACUGCUUCACUGGGGCUGCUGGUGUUGUUUAGCCAUCUCAGCAUUUUGAUGACCGUCGGGUGACGUAGAAUAGAGUUUGGACACAUGAACAGUUAAACAGUUAAAAUUAAAUAUUCCAUAAUACUACUUCUAAUUUAAUUUGUAAUGAUAUGAAUUGAAGGAAUUGCAAAUGUUUAAUAAAUACUAGUGGGGCUAUUGAUGAAUUUCCUUGCUAGUCUCUUAGCUUCACACUACACUAAACACACCACAGCUAACCACCAUCACUUCCUGUUUCGGGUUGACAGAGGUAUAUUCCCCGUGAAC